GGUUUGGCGAAGUGUGCAGAGGUGCGGAAAUGGCGGCUGUUGCUCUGGUGGGGAAAAGGGUGGCCAGCUGGGCCUGGCGCCGGCACCGUGCUCAUGGGGCGCUGGCGCGGCGGGGCUACGCCGGAGCCUCCUUGGACGACACAGUGAAUGGGCUGAGCGAGCAACAGCAGCAGCUUAGACAAACCAUGAUUAAAUUCUGUCAGGAGCACUUGGCUCCAAAGGCCCAAGAAAUUGACCAGCAGAAUGAAUUUAAAGGCAUGAGGGAUUUUUGGAAGAAACUUGGGGAGCUGGGAGUUCUAGGAAUAACUGCCCCUGUUGAAUACAGUGGCUCUGGGAUGGGCUACCUUGACCAUGUGUUGGUGAUGGAAGAAAUUUCUCGGGUUUCAGCGGCAGUUGGGCUGAGCUAUGGUGCCCACUCUAACCUUUGCGUUAAUCAAUUAGUGAAGAAUGGCAAUGAAGCACAGAAAGAAAAAUACCUGCCCAAGCUUAUUAGUGGAGAGCAUGUUGGAGCCCUAGCCAUGAGUGAGGCCAACGCUGGUUCUGAUGUGGUCUCCAUGAAGUUGAGGGCAGAUAAACAAGGGGACUAUUUUGUUUUGAAUGGGAACAAGUUCUGGAUUACCAAUGGCCCAGAUGCUGAUGUUCUAAUAGUUUAUGCCAAAACAAAUCCCAGCACUGCUUCACAGGGUAUAACUGCAUUCAUUGUAGAAAAGAGUAUGCCUGGUUUCAGCACUGCCCAAAAGCUUGAUAAGUUGGGGAUGAGAGGGUCAAAUACCUGUGAACUGGUUUUCGAGGACUGCAAGAUCCCAGCUGAGAAUGUCCUGGGGCAGUUGAAUAAAGGAGUCUAUGUAUUAAUGAGUGGCUUGGAUCUGGAGAGACUUGUGUUGUGUGGUGGACCACUGGGAAUCAUGCAGGCUGUCCUUGAUCAUGCUUUGCCUUAUUUACAUGUGAGAGAGGCCUUUGGACAGAAAAUUGCCCAUUUCCAGCUUAUGCAGGGUAAAAUGGCUGACAUGUACACACGGCUGAUGGCAUGUCGACAGUAUACCUACAACGUAGCAAGAGCCUGUGACCGAGGACAUUUCAAUGCAAAGGAUUGUGCAGGAGUGAUUCUCUACUCUGCAGAAUGUGCUACUCAAGUUGCUCUGGAUGGAAUCCAGUGCCUGGGAGGAAAUGGCUACAUCAAUGAUUACCCCAUGGGCCGUUUCCUGCGAGAUGCCAAGCUGUAUGAAAUUGGGGCAGGAACAAGCGAAGUGCGAAGGAUCGUCAUUGGUCGAUCAUUUAAUUCUGCCUUUAAGUAACAGCACCAGAGAAGUAGUGUUCCCCAAAGCAAGAGGCUUUGGCAUUACAAGAUUGGAAAGCGCACAAGUAUUUUUCUGAUUCUGUUACCACUUUGGCUGCCUCUGUGUGACUCUUCUUGACCUUUAGAUCUCUGAACUUGUCCUGCUACAUUUUUCUAAGAACAUGAUGACAUUGCACUGGAACAGACUGGGCACUUCAGGUGGAAUGUGGGGACAUGUGUCAUCAUGCCUCACUCUAAAAGGAAUGAAUUUUUUUUAAAAAAUGUUAACUAGUGACCUGUUUCCAAGAAUCAUUAAAAUAGAUUCCCCCCCAGCACACACAUACACUGCUUUUGUUGCAUUACUGACAAUAUUUACUAUGAGAUCUUAACAGAUCUUGAAUGCAGGUUCAAACUUAAAGGUCAUGGUCCUUAAAAUGUGAUGAAGAGUUUCUUUUUAUUUGGGCAUUCCUUUUCCCUCCGGGGGCUUCCUGUGGUAUAUUAGUACCAUUUGAAACAUUCACUGUUUUGGUGGACUGCCUACUUGUGCUUGAUUCAUGUGGUGAUGUCACCAUCUAUCACUCCGAAAGUCGUUAAAAUGUCAAAACACUGCGUUGUGACAGCUGAGAGUGAAUUGAGAACGAGGAGGGGGUGGCACCCUGAUUGAGGAAGGAGUGUCUUGGGCAAGGAUCUGGCAGCAAAGACAGACUUUGUUCAGGAAAGGAGGCAUAAUAGAAUGAACAGCAUCUUAGAGUAAUUCAUGCCUGCACAAGGGACAACAGUACGAGUUAAAUGUAUGCAGCAUGAUGGUGAUGAUGAUGAUUGUAUUGUUUUAGUUUGACUUUAAGAAAUCUGGAUUAUUUUGAAGCCAGAAACACUUGCCAGAUUUUAAGAAAAAAAUUGAGUCUUUUAAAUCCGAACCCAUGUUGAACAGGUAAGGUUUAUGCAUGAAUUUAUUAUGACUGCCUUACCAAGUCCUAGCCUUUCUUACAGAAUUUAUUAAAUUAAUUGACUGGAGGGGAAGGCAAGACUUACUCACAUUUCUAAGAGACUGGUGUCAUCCACCUGUCUUCUAUCAGCAGGACAAAACAAGGCUUGCCAUGCCAGAGGCACUCCUAAACAGACUUGUCUCCAUGUAUUCAAAAUUAAGUUCAAGCAACCUGUGCAAAUGUUACACAUUCCUUCCUUGCACAGGUAAAUAGCUCAUCUAAUCUGGGGGAAAAAUCUUUCUUGAUUCUGGAUUUGGGAAUCAGUAGUAGUUUGCAGCAUUUAGCUGCAAUGUAGGACCUAUUUUGAAUUCUUUAACUAAGUGUAUCCAUCUUCCCUCUUUUUCUCUUCUUCCUCCCUCCUUCCCCCCCCCCCUUAAGAAAGCUUAAAAGAAAAUUGUGAAAGUGUUGCUAGGCCCCAGUAAUUUUAGGCUGGAGAGCAACCCAGUAGAUUAUGAUCUACCAGUUGUGAAGUUACACCCUGAAUGUGAAAACAAUAUUGCCUCCUGAAUUCCCCCAGAAAUCCAGAAUGUAAUGUGCAUUUGAAAUUUCUCUUGGAGACAUUGAGGCUGUUUAACUCACAGCUAGGGUGGCCAACAAGAUGGGGGUAGGGGAGGAAUUCCUUCUAAUGGAGGCUUAAUUUGUAGAAGUGGGCUGUUGGAACUUUUCAUGAAUUGGAAGUAAACAAUAUAACUUAUUUGCCUGGAGAUGAAAUUGAUAUUAAAAAGAAAACUAGAAGGACCAGAUCAAAAGUUGGCAACCCUACUCACAGAUCUCUUUCAAAAUCUUAAUUUUUUUAAAAAAAAUCAGAAAUGGGGAAAGUGUUUCUAGUAUGUGUUGAAAAGUCUUCUACAUAUAUACAUUGAAUGUAAUUGCAACAAGUUUCCUUAAAGACUGGGGUAGUGAUCAUAAUUUCUGUCAUUAAGCUUGGUCCAGAGUGCCUGUGAACUGAAGAUAAAAACAGGGACUGUCCAAGAGUUUAAAAUUAUCUAAAGUCAAACUGUAGCCAGUAUCCUCUGACUGCUGAUGUCACCAAACACCUGAGGCGCUCCUCUUCCCAUGCAAGUAUGCCUCACUGGCCAAUAGUCAGUGCCCGAUGAAAUGCAGUGUAGAGCCAGGGGAAACCCAUAAAUCCCUGGGUGUUUCUGUGUGUUACUUUGAUGAAUACAUUGAGCAAUUUGUUAAAAAAUAAAUAUUUCCAAUCUCUUUUGUCGGGGUAAAAUUUGAAGUAAUUCCUGGCUAACAGUUGUUUCAACACUGUAUUAAUGUCAGUGCACUAUUUUAGGACAAAUAAAGAUAUCCAUCCUUGGUUUUAUGGCCAGCCAUAAACAUAUCCUGUUUUUGCCCAGCAGGAGGCAGGUAGAAACUUCAUAUACUUUCUUGUAUUGCAUCACCAUAACUAAGAAACCAUACUUCCUUAUAGCCUGCACUGUGUAGGUAGAAAAGGUGGCCGUAAGGAUGAGGGAGGGGGAGUCUUUUCAGCAACAAGGAUCCUUCUCUCCAAUGUCUACAGUUCUCUUCUUUUUUUUCUCAUUUCCCUUUUUAAAAUAAAGUCUGAUGUGAUACUGA